AACGGCGUAAUUGGACUGUAUGUGAAGCCGGUGGUGGUGCUAUCAUCCUCAACAAGUGAGGCUUCUUCAGUUCUUCUGCUGUUCCUCUGCCUCCAUGAGGAAGGAAGACGAGUAAAAGAAGGAGACGUCGUCGUCAGCACUUUAAGCUUGAAGCUUAUCAUCAUCCUCUUAUCUUAUCCCCAUCAAUAGAUCGACCGCUAUAUUUGGCGUCUUGAUCUCCCCGUCAAGACAGGACUUUUAAUAACAAAGUGACGAAAGAGGGACACAUUGUAAAAUAAAUCUAAAGACGAGGGAGGACAAGGAAGCUGCAGUCAGUUGUGACAGGUUAUCCCUUAUUUGUUUAGAAAGUCUUCAGCUUUGAGUUGGUGGAUUUGGUCGUUCGGAGAAGGCGCAGAGUUGGCUACCCCGCGACAAAAGUCUUAUCCUUUUCACAGUUGCCUUAUCAAGAUGCAGUCGACUCGAAGAGUUGCAAUUCCCCUUCGUGUCCAUCAGAUUUGGGAUGCCAUUGGACGAUUCGGCGGAACUCAGGUCAUGGACUUUGAAAAAUUAGUGGAAGUUGUAACUAGUAUGCACAAAGUGCCAAGAGAUGAAUUGCACCAUGAACUGGAUCAUGCCAUCAAAGACGGGCUUGUGACUUCAGAAGUAGUUGAGACUCAGAAACGGGAAGAAACCGAAAUAUAUCGGCUUCCUGAUCAUGCCAAGUUGGAUCGUGGAGAUCAUGACUGGUAUUGCUUCCAGUGUCACAUGGGUGGUCCUAUUGUAAAAUGCGAGGAUUGUCCACGAGUAUUUCAUAUGGAUUGCCUUCCUGAUGAUAGAAAACCAGACAAGGACUUGUUUGUGUGUCCGCAAUGCCACAUCAUUGCUACCAAACCAAGUGCAGAGAAGGUCCCAUUAAAGCCAAAACCAUUGAACCAGCUAAUUGAAUACAUUUGCGAGCGAUUCCAGACCUGGAAUGCGGAAUGGAUGGAAAAGUUUGAUGGCGCUAAAUGGGCUGCUGCUUGCAACCGAAGUGAAAAGGAUGCCUGGCGUUUGAACGUGUUGGUGCACAGGCCAAUGGACCUGGCCACGAUGCAGGACAAAGCAACCUCCGCAAAGUAUCAAUCACUUGAAGAAUUUCAAGUAGAUUGUGAAACACUUGUGCAUGCUAUAGGUGUGUAUUUUGGUGUCGAAUCUCUCAAAGGAAACCAGUUUGGGGCUGCCUUCCUUAAGGAAGCUAUGCACGACAUUCAGGAAAUUAAGCUUUGUCACCAAUGUUUCCGACGUUCUAAUGAAAAAGAUCACGAUUGGUGGUUUGCAUUGCCAUGUACUCCCCCACAUGAUGUUGUUUGGGCGAAACAAACUGGUUAUCCAUUUUGGCCAGCAAAAGUGAUGAAACGUGAAGGGAAUAGAUAUGAUGUCCGCUACUUUGGAGGGAAUUAUGAGCGUGGGCAUAUUGAUGCUAAACAUAUUCUGCCGAUUGAGACAUCUUUGGCAAAGCUGAAAGUUCGUCGCACUGCUGGAUGGAACGAUGCCUAUGAAGAAAUGCAAAAAUUUCAAGAAAUUGCGAAAAAUCCAACCUUAGUAAAUAGCUUACCCCCGCGCGGAAAGAAUGCUGGAUCUGCCGCUGCUACUACUACUGCUGUAGUUAAUAAAAAAGGGGGAAGUAAGAGAGCUGCUAGUACUCCCACUGAAGAACCAACAAUAACUAAGAGGACCCGCAAAUCUGAACCUAUUCCUGCAACGGUUACUACCCCUUCAACAAAGGCUACGUCAAAAAAGGUUCCUGCCAGUGCAAAAGCAGCUGUGAAGACCAAGGGCAAGGAGAGUCCUGCUAAAACUAAUGGUACUUCGGCCGCUGCCGCCACUGCUCCAAGUCAGAUCGCAAAACGUAAGUCGACCAACACGACAUCAAAUGCAAAAUCAGGGGCUGCUCCUAGUCGUCGAGAGUCAACCACCAAUGCGACAACUCCUGCUAGCAAACGCGGAGGAAGCGCUACGAAGUUUACGCCGGCUGCGUAUGACAUUUCCACAGAUGAGAGUUUGGACCCUGAUCUUCGAAGCAUUUUAACUGAACCAGAAGAUGAAGAAAGUCUUGGAGGAGACGUCUCAUUUUCAGAUGAAGAGUCAUCUGAGCCUACUGUCUCGGAGGAUGUCGUUUCUUCGUCAUGCAAUGAGGGAAGCGCCACUCGUAACGCUUACGUCCAAGUUUCUCGUCCAGGCACAACUGAGGUGAACGUUGAACGACUCGUUGGGUACAUAAACCAGUUGAAGGAACAAAAUAAAAACGAGAUCGAGUUGAACAAAAAGAAACAAUGGUGUUUCAACUGUGGACGAGAAGCCAUUUAUCAUUGCUGCUGGAAUACGGCGUAUUGCAGCAUUGAAUGCCAGCAGCAGCACUGGGGAAGUGAACAUAAGAAAAAUUGCAGGCGCCCCGACAAAAACUAAUGAAAAAUCAGUGACCAAAAAAUGAAGACACUUCCAAUCAUUUAAAGAUAGCCACUCUAGAUUCUACAAGAUAUUCGGGAUUCUCAAUGUAACAAAAUCAUUUCAUUCAAUUUUUUUUAAUGUCGUCCUCCUUUCGUGGAACACCAUCGUCGUCCUCGUUGUCAUCGUCAUCAUCAUCACAGGGGUGCGAAGGGAUCGCGGCGGUGGGACCACUCACGACGACUACUAAUCCAUUCCUCCCUCUUCUUUCCGGAUGACGAAGAACUUCUUUGUCUGCAUUUUCAAUAUGUUUUUCAGUAACUCGCUGUUACGAUUGUUAUCAAAACUAAUACACUAAUCAUUGGAUACGCGGUACUUAGCGGGCGGAUAACAUUUUCUGUUGUUAUUAUUUGAUUCAAUAAUACUCCGUUCGUUCGAAGUAGUAACUCUAACUUAGUAGCUCCAUUAGGAAUCUAUGACAUGUAUGAAGUAAUUAAUAUUCAAGUGAGUUUGAUUGACUUUUUUGAGUGAAAGUUUAUUUGUAACAAAUAUGAGUAGUAGUGGAGGAUGCUCUAGUGUGUGAGUAGUAAUGUGGAGUAGCAAUAUAUAUUAUUAUUAAUUAUUAUGUCCUCAUCAUUAGUUAUUAUAAUGACAUUUAUUAUUUCGUUAUCAACUCUAUCUUAUAUUUUUGCUAUCAUAUCACUUUAUUAUGUUUUAAGAGAUUCAAAGUGCCGACCCAUGUGCGUACUUUCUCUUUGUUACUAGUGCUAUAAAUUCUAACCGAUAAGUGAUUUGUUCAGUCCAUUCAUGAUCAUGAUCCUACACUGCGUACGUAAUCUCACGUAUGUUGUAUUAUAGAAAGUGAAGUAAUUUAAUGACAAUGACAUUAAGGAUCUGUUAGCUUUUUGUCCAUAUGACACAAUGACUUUUCUUCUUGUUAUCAUGCUUCAUGUUAUCCGCGAUGGUAAUGCAAAAACAUGUACGUUUAUUUUUUACUGACAGUAGAAGCAUACAUAUGUAGAAUUUAUGUAUCAAUGGGAAUUAGUUGUUUAAAGUAUUUA